ACUAAGACAACCUCUUCCUAUCCCCUCCUUGACAGCAAGCUUUCUUCGCCCUCCGCUCUCCUCAUCCCUCCAACCUUGCCUUGGUAACAUUAGCCUGUCUCCGCCUACGUCCCCUACAAUUCCAUCCCCAGCCUUGUCUCCCCUAGCUCCACCCGUUUUCCUUCCAACUCUUAGCAUCCCGAAGCAGAACGUUGCUGUACUUCGUAAAUGCAUCGACGGACCGCUUGUCGAGCCGACUUUCGAGGACCAUAGCCACCUUUGGCCAUCAAUCUUUGCCCCACGCCCGUCUUCGUCGCCCGUCGAGAACAUUCGACUGCUUCCGGAGACACAGCGCUGAGCGCCACCAUGGACGAUGGCAGCCUCCAAGGUCCCAUCGACGAGCAUACGGCCCAAGCAGAAGAACAGCUCGCACACAGAAUCUCGCCAGAGUCUCGGUUUCAAAAUGAUGAGGUGCAUCUUGCGCCGAGCCGGUGGUGGUUCGCCUCGUCCGCGUUCCCCAUGAUAGCCGGAACCCUCGGUCCCGUCGCCUCUGCCUUCAGCAUCUGCGCCUUGGUGCGCCAAUGGAGGCAAUGGUGGCCGCCGAAUACAGACAUCGACACUGCCACUUUUCUUCCCGACCCCGCAUGGCUCACCAUCGUCAACGCUGUCCAGCUGGCCGUGGCCCUCGUGUCCAACAUGUUCCUCCUCCUGAACAUGACUAAGAGAGUUCGCUUCUCCAUUGCGCAGCCGAUCACGAUCGUCGGAUGGUAUAUCUCGGCCAUAUGUCUCAUAGCCUUGAAUGCGACCGCUGUAGGGCCUUUGGACGAUGACCUGAACGGCAUCCCCUCCAACGAGAUCGUCUGGUCUCAGGCGUUCUACUAUGGAAUCUGGGCCGCCAUUCUCUACUUCAUCGAUGCCUCUCUCCUGCUCGUGACCUUUUUAGGUGCAUCUUACGGGCAUUACAGUAAAGACUUCAACCUAACCCCCAGCCAACGAACCCUCAUGCUACAGACCAUCAUGUUCCUUAUGUACCUGCUGCUGGGCGCACUUAUAUUCUCGUCUAUCGAAGGUUGGAACUACUUAGAUGGCGUGUAUUUUGCCGACGUCACCCUCUUCACCGUCGGGUUUGGUGACUUCACCGCCUCGACAACGCUUGCGAGAUCCCUGCUGUUCCCAUACGCCCUCAUCGGCGUUAUUAGCCUCGGUUUGGUCAUCAGCUCGAUUCGCAGCAUGAUACUCGAGCGUGGCCGCCGGGCGCUCGAUGCCAGAAUGGAGGAGAAAAAUCGCCGCCGUGUAAUCCGGAGCAUAACGAAGAAGGGCAAGGACGAUGUUUUGACACCCCUCAAGCGAGAGCCGACGAUUGAUGAGCCGCCCCCUGGCGAGUUUGAGCGCCGCCGGACCGAGUUUGAGCUGAUGCGCAAGAUCCAGGAAAAGGCAUCGCAGCGGAGGAAGUGGGUUGCCAUGGCCAUUUCUACGGGAUCAUGGCUCGUUCUCUGGCUUCUCGGUGCCUUCAUCUUCAUGAAGUGCGAGGAAAAGUACCAGGGCUGGACCUACUUUGAUGGGGUUUACUUUUGCUUCGUGUCGCUCAUAACCAUCGGGUACGGCGAUGUCGUGCCCACCUCCAACGCCGGAAAGUCCUUUUUCGUCUUUUGGUCUCUCAUGGCCUUGCCGACCAUGACCGUUCUUAUUUCCAACGCUGGAGAUACGGUGGUGAAGUUCAUUCGAGACGCCACCAUCACCCUUGGAAACAUCACCAUUCUCCCUGGAGAGCACGGCUUUACUGACUACGUCAAAUAUGUGGCCCAUCAGCUUUCCUUCGGGUCGUUGUUCGACUGCAUGGGCGGUGCUGCACAUGACCUUGAGAAGCAACGCUCUGGGACCGAUAAUUCACCCGUUGGCUACAGAAUCAAGGAACGACUCUCGACCGCAGGCUCCGCUCGCAACGACGUGGCGAAGACGUCCUCCAAUGUCACCGAUGGCUCGCCAAGCGGGACUUCAGACGCUGCCACCGGGAGCAACCUGGAACCCAUGUCGACGCAUGGGCGGCGCUCGCUGUCCGUCGUGCGUCGCAGACUCGGGAACCUGCCCACCGGGCACGACCUACACCUCCUCCUCAUCUCUGAAAUCCAGAACGUCGCAAAGCAUGUUCGCGAGGCUAAACCCCGGCGCUACACCUUUGAAGAGUGGGCGUGGUACUUGGGUCUCAUCGGCGAGGACGAGCGCGACCCAGAUACACACCGCAAGGCGCUCCCUAAGCAGAAGCACAAGCACAAGAAAAAGGGCAACCACCACAAGCGCCACAACCGUGGCGGUCAUCACAAUGAUCAUCGCGAUCGCAGUGCGGAAUUGGAGCGGUCCUCCAAUGACCAGGAUCAAGACCGACAGGAGCGGCCGCCGCGGCGGCGUUCCAUGGGUGACGUGGUCUCGGGCGAGGAGAGCGACGUGCAGCAGUCACCCGCUACCAACAAUCAAACCCCCGGCACCGGCAACGAUGGCAACGAGAGCGAGCGCCUGAAGUGGUCGUGGGUCGGCCGUCGCAGUCCCCUUAUGGGCGGGCAGGAAGAGAGCGAGUGGAUAUUGGAGCGCCUCAUGGACAGGCUUAAGGAGUCGCUGUGGGACACCAAGAAGAUUGCCGACGGUGCUGUCAGUGCCAUCGAGUCGCUGUGAUCCCUAUCUUGACGCUUCUGUACGAUUUGAUUCCCGGGAGUGGUGCUGCUUGUCCUGUAUACAUUUUUGAUACCCCCGUUUCUAUAGUUUGUCUUUCGGCAGCACGAGAGUAUGAAAGUCUGCGAGCGUCCCGUGCCUGUGAAGGUGGCUUUGCGAUUCCCUUGUGCUCAUGAGACUUUCCAUAUGCCGACCGCAAGUACCA